CAUCAUAAACAAAGCUGUGCAUCACUCCCCCUACGAUUUUAUCUUCUCAUACUAAUUAAGCUUGCGUUAAUCGUUCAUCGAUCAUGGGUGUUUUCACCUUCGAGGACGAGCACAUCUCUCCUGCAACUCCAGCUAAACUAUUUAAAGCUCUUGUAAAAGACUCUGACAGCAUCAUCCCAAAGUUCAUAGAGGCCAUCCAUAGUAUUGAAAUCGUUGAAGGAAAUGGAGGUCCCGGAACUAUCAAGAAAAUCACCGUUGUUGAAGGUGGGAAAACGAGCUAUGUGCUACACAAAGUUGAAGCAAUCGAUGAGACUCACUUUGGAUACAACUAUAGCAUAAUAGGAGGAACUGGAUUAGAGGAGAUUUUAGAAAAAGUAGAAUUCGAGACCAAGAUAUUGGCAGGGCCCAAUGGUGGAUCCUUGGCGAAGGCCAGUGUCAAAUACCACACUAAAGGCGACGCACCGCUUUCAGACGAGCUGCGAGAGAGUACAAAGGCAAAGGGAACUGGGCUUUUCAAAGCAGUUGAGGGCUACGUUUUGGCAAAUCCUGAUUACUAGAUUCACAAAAUGAAGGAGACUUAUAAGUUUUUAUGCUAAUAAAUAAGUUGGUUUGUCUGUGUUUGUGCUUUCCUAUGUGAGUUAGUGUUUGGUUUAAUCUGUUUUUCGUGAGUCAAAGGUUCAAUUGCCAAAAUUAUGUGUACUGAAUUUGAAGUCUAGGGACCAUCUUUAUUCUGCAAUAAAUAACGUACAAUGAAAUGAUGAGGAUUUAAAAAUU